CGUCAUUCGUAAAUCCCUAGAAAAAUAUCUUUUAAGGGUUGUUUCCCCUCGAAAACUUAAGCAGUCGCUCUUCUCAGCUUUUCCAUGGCCAUCAAAGUGGAAAGAAUGACUGGAUUGAUCGGUAGAGAUUCAGACAUUCCAAAAAUCCGUAGCAGUAUCAUUAGGAGGAUUUGCGUUGAGGGAUAUGACACUUCGCUUCCUGAGUUUGAUGUCGAUGCCGCUUUGAGAAAACAUUUCGCUUCAUGCGGAGAUGUCGUCCAUGUUUAUAUUCCCAUAGAAGAGUUAGACAAGCCUCUCAACAGAUUUGCCUUCGUUUACCUUCGGGGAAAAGAUGCAGAAGAGAAGGCGUUGAAACUUAGUGGAAGUAAAGUGGAAGGGAAAAAAACCCUUGUUUCCAAAAACAAAGAAAAAAAGAUCGUGGGAGGAUGGAAUCUAGUUGUGAAGGCUUACCCGUUUCAUGAAAAUUACCUUGAUCCUGAGUUGGCUCCUAUGAGAGCACAAGGCCAGAAAAACCGGCGCGCCAUGGGAGUUACGGUAUAUGACAACAGUUCGUGUCCCGUCAUGGUGGAAGAAGUCAAGAGCAUGCUGAAGUGUCUAUUCCCUGCAUCUGGAAAGAUCGACGCCGAUUUUGAUAUGCCCAAAAGCGGUGGUCCUCUGAUGAUCAAAUGUCUCCUUCAUUUGUAUGGAGAAGAUGCAGUAGAGAGGGCGCUGCAACUUAGUGGACUUGAAAUGCGACAACGGAAUGUUGUAGUUGAUAUCAUUUGUGGGCCACCACCGCCGAUGAUUAUUGGUUAGCUAGCUCUUGACUCGGUAGAAGAAGAACAAGCCUACGGGGGUAGAAAGCGACGAAGCUCUUUGGUGUUUUUAUCUUGUCAUGCAAUGCAAUUACUUCCUUUUUGUUUUUUCCUGGAUGUUAAAAGUAAGCUCAAUAAUCAUCAUCUGCCUUUAUUA